ACGCUAGCGUUUUGCUAACGAGUCAAUGCGCAUGUGUAGUACUUUUCGCACGUGUGGUGAACGUUCGGACUGACUGUAUGCAGCAGAGCUUACAGAGUUAGUGACGCUGUUAAAUAUUGGGUAAAAGAAACGUAUCCUGCGGUUUUUUUUGCUGCUUUUUCAGAGCUAGGAGAGAAACAAGAAGUCCUCCGUGAAGCAUUUCGCCGAGAGGGCCGGAAAACUAGGAAUAUAUAUUGCAAUGACUGAACCACAAGUGAACCCGAAGGCCUACCCGCUGGCCGACGCUACACUGACCAAAACCAUCCUGGACUUGGUGCAGCAAGCAUCCAACUACAAACAGCUGAGAAAGGGAGCCAAUGAGGCCACUAAAACCUUGAACAGAGGCAUCGCCGAAUUCAUUGUCAUGGCAGCAGACGCCGAGCCACUAGAGAUCAUCCUCCACCUGCCGCUGCUGUGCGAGGACAAGAACGUGCCAUAUGUGUUUGUGCGCUCCAAGCAGGCGCUGGGCCGGGCCUGCGGCGUGUCCCGGCCCGUCAUCGCUACCUCGGUCACCAUAAAGGAGGGCUCCCAGCUCAAGCCUCAGAUUCAGUCUGUUCAGAUGGCCAUCGAGAGACUGCUGGUGUGAUCCGACAGCAGCACUGCUGGUUGAUGGGUCCAUCCACUCUGUCCUCAUGUUGGAUUAUUUAAAACAUUUGGCAUUUUUAAGAGUAUUGCACGUUUUUUAUUUUGUUGGACCAUCAACUGUAUCUUAAUAAAAUUUUUUUUUUUUUUUUACAACUUGUUGACAUUUUUUUUAUUUAAAAUGUCAUCCUAACUAAAAAUGUUGCGUUUAUAAAUCAAAUGUACUUUUCCCUGCAGGGGGGUACGGCAGAGUAUUAAGGCCAUUGUAGAUGGAAUAUAUAUUUGAUGAAAAACUCUCAAAAUUUUGGGAUUAAUCUAAAAAAUUUUCCACAAAAAACAUGGAAAUGUAAGGUUUUUUUUUUUAAACUUUGAAAUUUGAGUUUUCGAAUUUAAAAAAACCAAACUUUUUCUUGAAUUCUGAGACAUCUCAAAAUUUUAGAAUUACAACGGCCCUUGUAUGUCAUUGUAGAUGGGCAAUAGAAACGAGUUGUUUCAAAGUGUUUUUUCCAUUUCUUAAUGACA